AUGUUUGAGAUUCCAGCGGCCGCUACAGUGUGUAUAAUCGUUGUCAACGCAAUAGGCUGGUAUGGCAUGUUGAAAACUGGUAUACAAAUCGUUCACGACGAUUGGAAAUUGAAGGAUUCGUAUAAAAGGGACCUCGAUAUUGACUGGACGAACUUUGUCAAUCAAGUGAAAGAACUAGAACAAUGGAAAAAGGACUGGAUGAUAACCGAUAAGACCACCCCAGAUGCAUGUCUCAUCUAUAUGUGGGGCAAAUCUGAGUUUGAUGACAUCAAAAAGGGAUUGAAGAGCCUCCGUAGUCUAGGGAAGGAUGUUCAUAAAGAAUUCGCUAAAUUUUUUGAUCUCAAGAAAGACAAGUGGGACCUGAAGUCGGAUUCCAAGAAAGAGAAGAAGGCUAGGUACAUAUACAAGAAGCGCAAAUAUCUUGGGGAUCUCGCUUCAGCAUUUCAAAAAGUUCUUAAGAACUUGAAGGACGCAUCGGCACGGGGUUGGAAGGAAGAAAGCAAGAAGUUCUUUUCUUACGGUAAUACUGAUGAGGACCGCAAGUAUCACACGAGAAACGCCUAUCAUCUCUUGAGAGUGGCAAAGAAUUCUGCACAAGAAUUCAAGACACUUUGCUCAUUGAUGCCUUCGGCUAAAGGAUUCUGUGUGGAGUUAGACCUGGAUAUGUUCAAUGCUUGCGGGAAAGCAAUGACACAAGAAACCGAAGUAACCCAAAUUGAUGCAAUGGAGGCCGCAGGUCAUCUGAAGUUGGAGCUCAUUUGUGGGAAACGCCGAGACGGACAGCAUCUUGAAUCUUUAACACGCAUUCGAGUGGAAGCAGUAAACCCGCCUACCUACCAUGGUCCCCUACAAGAGGCCUUGAAAGCUGUCUUAAAGACACCUGAUUCCACGGCUUACUACUUCGGAAGUAUCGGAACACAAUCGACUUUCUUUAGUCUCAAUAAAAUUGCGUACGAACCAGACUCACCCUCGCUGCGACUGGACCCUGCAGAGCCGCGAAGUACGUUAAAUUCCUUGCUCGCUAGCCAAAUGUCUCCAUACAACCGGACCGACAAGCGAACGAAUGUCCUACUAGGCAACUUCUCAGUAUUCAGGCUAUGCUACGAGCUCAGUCAGACAUGUCUCCUCUUCCUCCGGUCGAAUAAAUUCGCGGACAUGUGCGGCUGCCAAAUACAGUGCGGGCGGCAGGCAUACGAACCCGGCCACCUCAGCCCUCGCGACUGGUAUGAAUACGGUAUUGAUCUCGUCUGGAGCGCGGGCCACAUGCGGGAUAAUCUUACCGGUAUUUCGUGGUGCGAUUACUAUAGUAGUGAUGGAGACACUAUCACGAGAUCUAUACGGCGUCUGGGUAUCCUUCUUCUCGAAGCUAUAUUGAGUACUCGCGUCAAGCUUGUCAUGACGGAUACAGGUACACCCAGAGCUAUCACUGCCGUAUUAUUACGAACGCAGAACCCAUUUACGCAACCUCUUCCUCUAGACGAUGUACUAGUGCUUGUGCGCAAAAUCAUCGAUACAAAUACCUUUGGUGAAGUGGUGAAAGUUUGCCUUACAAGGACAUUUCCAGGGGCACCAACGGACCAAGAUUGGGAGCGAAUCUUCCAGGAUCUCUAUCUCGACAUCGUCAAACCGCUCAGAGAAAUCCACCAAAUUCAUCUCGACCAAGCAGCGUUCCGCCGUCCCGCUUAG